AUGCCAGACCACUAUCCUGGAAAGCCAAAGUACGCCUCGGUCGAGGUGGGCGACAAGCCGACGCAGGAGGGCCACGGCCGCGUGCGACGCGCCUUUUGCUCGCCAGACGCCCUCAUCGAGCGGCCUUCCGAGGGCGGCAUCAAGACGAUGGCAGACGUCUUGCAGUUUGCUGUCAAGAAGUUCACCAACAAGCCCGUCAUGGGCUACCGUGACACGAUCAAGAUUCACACCGAGGAGAAGGAGAUCACAAAGACGGUCGAGGGAAAGGAGGUCAAGGAGACCAAGAAGUGGCAGUACUACGAGCUGAGCGAGUACAAGUACCUCACCUACACCGAAUUCGACGGUUACGUCCAGGACGUCUCGAGUGGGCUGACCAACCUGGGUCUGAGCCACGACACACGCUUCAACAUCUACGCUUCUACCUGUCUCAACUGGCAGAUCAUGGCCCACUCCUGCUUCGCGCAGAACAUUCCAUUCUGCACAGCCUACGACACGCUGGGAGAAGAGGGCCUGCAGCACUCCCUCAACGAGCCGGACGUUGUCGGCAUCUUCACCAAUGCCCACCUGCUCGAUGUCUUGGCCAACGUCAUUGGCGAGACAAAGACGGUCAAGACGGUCGUCUACGACGGCGAGGCCAAGCCCGAGCAGCUCGAGAAGCUCAAGAAGAACGCUGGCGAUCGCGAGGGCUUCAAGGUCGUGCACUUUGACGAGGUCAGGAAGCAGGGCAAGGAGAACACGGCCGAAAGGAACCCGCCCAAGCCCGACGACGUGGCCUGCAUCAUGUACACCUCGGGCUCCACCGGUGCACCCAAGGGUGUCAUCCUCACCCACUCGAACCUCAUCGCCGCUGUGGGUGCUGUCGAAAAGCUGCUCGGCCCCUACCUCAAGCCUAGCGACACAUUCCUUGCCUACCUGCCCCUUGCCCACAUUCUUGAGUUCAUCGUCGAAUGCGCCCUGACCUACGUCGGCGUUACGAUGGGCUACGGAAGCGUCAAGACGCUCACCUCGAACAGCACAAAGAACUGCGAGGGCGACCUGCCGACGUUCAAGCCCAGUAUCAUGGUGGGCGUGCCCGCCGUCUGGGAGACGAUCCGAAAGGGAAUCAACCAGAAGGUCAACUCGGGUCCCACAGUGGCCAGGAUGGCAUUCAAGGCCGGUUACACGCUCAAGCAGAACAAGGUGCCGCUCCUCUCCAACGCCGCCGAUGCCGUCGUCUUCAGCAAGGUCCGUGCCCAGACGGGAGGUCGCCUUAGGCUCACGCUGAGCGGUGGUGCUGCGCUUAGCAAGGAGACGCAGGAGUUCCUCCAGACGGCUCUCGUCGACGUCCUCCAGGGCUACGGCCUGACCGAGACGGUGGGCAUGUGCGCCAUUCUCAUCCCCGACUUCCUGCAAUCGUCCUGUGUCGGUGUCCCCGUGCCCGCCGUUGAGGUCAAGCUCGUAGACGUGCCCGAUGCCGGCUACCGUGCUGCCAACAACCAGGGUGAGAUCUGGAUCCGCGGCCCCGCAGUCAGCAAGGGCUACUUCAAGCGCGAGAAGGAGACGAACGAGGCCUUUUCCGAAGACGGCUGGUUCAUGUCUGGCGAUGUGGGCCAGUGGAACAAGGACGGAACACUGUCGAUCAUUGACAGGAAGAAGAACCUGGUCAAGCUGUCGGGGGGCGAGUACAUUGCCAUCGAGAAGCUCGAGUCGACGUACAAGUCGUGCGACUACGUGCAAAACAUCUGCGUCCAUGCCGACCCGGAUGCCAAGCAGCCCAUGGCUCUCGUCUUCCCGCGCGAAGAGGCCUUCCGCAAGCUGCCCGGUGCCGGAUCUGGCGCCGACCUGUCGAACCUGUGUGAAAAGCGGGAGCUGGCCACCGCCAUGCUCAAGGAGCUCAACGCCGUGGGCAAGAAUGCCGGACUCAAGAGCCUCGAGCAGCUCCAGACUGUCGUUCUCGUCCCCGAGGACCUGCCCGUCACGGCUGCGCAAAAGAUCCAGAGGAAGCAGGCUGUCGACAAGUACAAGGAGCAGGUGAGUCUGCUCUGA